CCGAGACGGCAGAAUCCAAGAGCCUCUCUUUGAAGAUGUCUCACCGUGUGAGAAUAGUAGAUGUGAUACUCCUCUUGCUUGGCGUGGUGGGAACUUGUCUCCACGUGCUUGGGCUUGUGUUUCCUGCAUGGUGGUACAUCGACGACCCGAACAACGUGGGAACCGAUGACGUCACGUACUUUGGAAUCUGGGCAACAGUGACGUGCCAAAACAGCACCUGCAUAACAACAAGUUCGGAUAGAUCUGGCAGUAGAGCUUGGUUACAAGGCGUGGCGGUGGUAGAGACCUUUGCGGCCAUCUUACUUAUGUUUAACGUUGCCACACAGCUUGUGCUGGUCCGCCAGUGUAAGACUGUGUCCAUUCUCAGGCGGCUGGUGGUUAUUCUCACGUCUGGAGCAGGUUGUGUCAUUAUCAUUGGUAUCCUGCUGUUCGUGAAAAAGAAAGCCGGAUUAACUCCCCUUGAGGCUCUUGAGACACGUGACGGCGCGACAGGGUGGCCGCUGAUUCUGUCAUCAGCUGCUGCCGCCGUGUCACUCAUAAUCGCCAUGGUGAUGGGGAUCGGUCAGCUGACCAUGUUUACAGAGAAAACGGACUAUGACCACGAAGACAAAUCAGUCGCCUACUGGCAACAAAAAGCGCAGCAACUAGACGACCUAAGUGACCUGGGGGCUCGGGUCAACGUCUCUGCGACAUUCAUGUAACAUAAUUGACACCGAUGAAUAAGUUUAUUAAAACUGAAUAGGUUAAUUAUCUAAACAUAAUAAAAAUAUUUCAUUUCUUUUCAAUGGUAUAACAAUUUUAUCUUUCCACGGGAUUUCUUCUUAAUUGAUAGGUAUGCAUGUAUUUGUUAUCUACAUUUUAUAACGGGCAUAUAUACAAGUUUCACAGUCGGCAUAAUGAGUGUCAAAUAUUGAGAUAGUUUAAGGUAUAUUCUGCUUAUGACAUCAAAAUAAAAUAAAGUGCUAGUAGUCAAGAAGACGAUUCGCUGAGAAAAUCUGUGUAUACGGCAUCGUUGUAGUAAGAUGUGAAGCCAGCACUUUCUACUAGGGAACUGGAGCUGAACUGUUAUGAGAAUAAGAUAAAUGGGUGAUAUUUCUCCAACAAUAAAAAAUGUUGUGACUAAUCCUAGUCUUGAAGAAUUUGCACCCUAAGGGUUUUAAAUAGCAAUGGUAAUGAGUUAAGGAAGAGACGGACAGGUAUAACAUGACCAAACACUCAAUACACUGUAAUGAUAGAUAAAUUGGUCGGACAAUCCUUUUAACAUGAGGUCAAAAACAAAGGUCAAAUAAAUAUUGUUUUCAAUAAUUAUUGUUGAUUGAAAUAAGAUAUAUAUCCUUUCCAAGUCUUAUGUCUGAUUAUUGUGAAAGAUGAGACUAUAUUGAACAAAGAUUAUUAACCGAUGAAAUGAUGAUUUCUCUUUGAGGUCAAAUGCCAACUUCUUGAAUAAACCUAAAGAAGGUUACCUGAAAGGAUAAAAUAAUAUUACAAAAACAUGGCUGCUGCAAAACCAAUGCAAAUUUAAGAAUCAAUCGCAUCUUUAGUUAAAAGAGUAAAAACAAGUGAAAAAUUUGGAAUUUUUUCAUGAAAUCUGCAUAAAAAGGUGUAUGACAGGGUGUCGUUCUAUUCCCUCUAACUUUUUGUUUUCCCUAGAAACAAAUCUUUAUUUUUUUAUGAUUUGUAGCUUGGAUAUAAGUUAUUUUAUAUACCAAUUUCAAAAAGAAUUCAUUGACAAAAAAAUAAUUCUAUUCGACUUUACAAUCAUUUUUUUUGCGAAUUUUUACCAAAGGGUAGCCAUUUUGAAAAAAAAAAGAUUUUUGUUUUAAAAUAUUAUGUCAAAAAUAGACAUUUAUCAUAUUGUUCUCAGAUAAAUUCAAAAAAGAUAUAUAUGCAUUUUUUGGCGGGAACCUUAAUGACUUAAAAAGGGCAAAAAAAUGACAUUUUUCAGACUUCAAAGGGGGAUAAUUCUUUCAAAGAAUAUUUUAAAAAAAUAGCCUGGAAACCUAUUCUCAAAUUUUGAUAUUUUGUUAGGUACACCCCAAAGAACAAUAUAUGCGAAAUUAAAAAAAAAAAAUCAUUGACUGGAUUUGUUUUGCCUCUAGUGUCCUUCCUUGCCUUCAAGGAGGCAGUGAGUGGUGAUUUUAGCCACCGAAACUUUGACGAUAUAGCAAUGUAAAAACAUAUACGGAGCUAUACAGGAACCUGUCCUAAUUCACUCCACACAUCGACAGAUCUGAUACCAGUUUUGAGGCAUGACACAGAAUUGCUCUAUGAUGACUUAUAUAAUGUAGAAGUUUACACUAGGAAAGGUCUAAAUUCAAACUGUAUAUACACGUGAAACUCAUGCUUCUGGGACAGACUUCAAAUCCCAGUACCAAACACCAUAUUGAAAAGAGACGGAUCACUUAACUAUACAGGGAAAAACAACCUGUAUUCUGCAAUACAUAACAGGCAGUUCCUUGAUAUUGGAGGAACUGAUUUUCACUCAUCCACGUUAGCUCUCUAUCUGUGUUAAGUGAAUAGUUUAUACCGCACUUUUUUGCUACAUGGGGUUGGAAGUAAUUUUAUUGAUAGGGACCCAAGCCAUAAAUAUAUUGUACUAUAUUUUCGUACAUUCAGCCAGAUAGUGAAAGAUCAUAUAAAAGAAAUGCAGAAAGACUUUGACAGAACAUUUAGUUCAGGGGUAAGGAUUAAGAAGAUAAAGAUGUUCCGUUAGGGUAGAUACAAUGUAAUAUAUACAGGUUGUAGAAUUUUUGGAAACUAAAGCUUAAAGGUUUGGUAAGAUUAGACUAAUCAGACUAAUGUCAACCUUUUACAACAGUUCUUAAUGUUUUCAUGACAUUUUUCAAUGCCUGUUAUUAUUAUUCAUUCAUUUUUUAUGCUAUGCAUAUGUAGGUUCUAUCAAGUGUUUUUGUUAUUCUGUGUUGAGCUAGUAAUUCGCUUUGGAAAUUGAAUAAGACACAACGGAAAUAACUUCAAUUUAAUAUAAUAAUUUAAACUUGGAAAAAAAUGUACAUGUAUAUAUGGUUUUGUGGAUAGAAAUGUUAAAUGAGUAUUUGCUGAAAUACCGAACUAUUUAAAAGGAUACUUCCUUCUUAACAAAUUCUAGUAACACAAGUAUGUUCACUAUGACAUGUUAACUUUCUAUUGUCAAACGGAGAACAAUAAAUUAUGUAACACUGAAAAUAUCAUUUUUUUUUUUAUAAAUAUUAUU